CCUCGCUGUCGUCGCAAAGUCCCGACCUUUCUGGGCCUGUGGAGGGCGGGGGUGGUGGUACAGCUGGUCGCGGCCCAGUCGAUGGGGCGCAGCGAGGAGUCCAUCAAAAGCAGUCCCGACCCUACGGUCACGGUCACGACCACUGCCUUGCGGGCCUCCAUGCAGCCGCCCGUCUGUAACUGCGAAGGGUGCGAGGAGACCACCACCACCGCCGCCGCUUCUGAUUGGUACGAGAAACCGGCCUUUUGGGCCGAAAAGCCGGCUCGUUGGCCCGAGAAUGCUGCAGUAGUGGCCGCCCCAGAGAAGGCUGCUGAUGGAUGUUCCUCUCCUUUCGGCGGUCCGUCCGCUGUUGAUUGGGGGUGCGAAGAGGAGCGGCUCAGCGUGUGGCCCUUCGACGCUGACAAGAAGAACAAUAGCGGCGGCGGCGGCGGCGGCAACGAUUGUGGCGAUGACGCUAGAGGAGUCGAGGGGCAACGGGGGGGGGAGGGGGGCGUGGAGGGGUACGAUUUCAGCCGCAGUACAGAGGCCAACUACGAGGUGGAGGUAGAGAACGGGACGUUUGCCGAGAGGUUUAAAGAGGCGCGUUCCCUGCUGGACUACAGCUACCACUCGCACUACACCUUGGAACGGCAGCACGUCCAGGACGACAUUCUGCAGGAGGCCCUGCGGACAAAAAGGCCAGUUUCUCUAGAGAACCCGUGGGCGGUGUUUACUGCGGGGGCGAUGGGUGCCGGAAAGAGCCAUGUCAUGGGCGUCCUGGGAGACCGAGGACUUUUCCCCAUGGACGACUUUGUGCGGGUUGAUCCAGAUAGCCUCAGGAGGAAGUUGCCAGAGAUGGAAGGGUACGUCAGGAGUGAUCCGGGGACUGCUGGGUAUUUGACCCACAAGGAGGCCGGCUUGCUUGGCGAGCUCCUGGAGGAAACGGCCUUGCUACAGGGUAGGAACAUCCUAGUGGAAGGGUCGAUGAGGAACGGCGAGUGGUACGCUGAGCAUAUCAGAGACCGAAGACGACGGUUCCCUCGCUUAAGGGUGGCCAUCAUUCAUGUUUGGGCCCCCGAGGAAGAGGUGAUGAAGAGAGCCGUGCGCCGAGGGCUUACGACCGGCCGCGUGAUACCCCCCGCGUUGCUCCGGGAUACCAUCCGCGCGGUCCCCCGCUCGGUAGAGAUGCUGGCGCCGCUCGCUGACUACUGCGUUCGGAUCGACAACGUGGGGGACGACGGGUGGCGCCAAAGUCAAGAAUCGCAACAACAGCAGAGCCGGCGGCCACUGCGGCAGCAUAAUAGCUGCCUCGUGUCAUCGGAGAUGUCGGAUAUGGUGAUGAUGCCGACAUCGUCGGAGAUGUCGGAGAUGAUGGUGGUGUCGGCGAGUGCGAGGUUGCAAUCGUCGGACAUGUCGGAGAUUUCCAGGCCGGUGGGAUCGUCACUGGACGUGCCAACAGCUUGCACAGGAGACGCAUCGAGAUCAGCAGCGGAAGGGGGAGGAGAAGGGAGGUCGGGGGCUCACAGCGAGGUGCCGGCAGUGAUAAUGCCGGUGCUUGCGACAGCUGGGGAAACGUGGGAAUCGUUCCGGAGAACAUUCGCUCAAGACCCGCCUCCGCCGCCUCCGCCCAUAGGAAACCCACACGAGUGAAGCACGAGAUCCUGGCUGCCACUGGCAUUCUUGGCGUUCCUACCCGUGAUGAAAACAGCAGUGCUGCUUCCACCAUGUACGGAGGGGUCCCCGCUCGUAAUUUUUUUUUUGGAAGAGCAACCUUCCGUCAUGAGCGCUGAGCCCCACUGCGUUGCUCCUGUGGUAUUGAAAUCCAUUUCUUGCCCGUUCUGUUGGUGGGCGGUCGUUGUUGCGGAAGGAUGUGACGGUGGGUCAGGGCUAGGGUUAGCAAAUGAGUAGCAAAAGCCUCUUUACUGGAUGCCGUCCAUCCCUUCACAGUUGCUCCCGUGCUUUCUUGACCCUACCUCAACAUUGUUGGACUAUAUGGUGGUCUUGGCUGCGAAGCCACUAUUGAUACACCAUUAUUCUAGAAUCUUGCCGUCUUGUCUGGGCAGAUACUUGACUGCUGGACUCUGGUGUGGUGUCGUGUGUGGUGAACGUGUUGUUUGGUCGUGUUGUUCCUUGUACUCGGGUAGUCUACAGCAAAACAGGAGGAAGACAAGUUUUGGUAUGCUCCUGGACCGCUGUCUGUGCGUCACAGUCAGCUGAUGCGCCUUAUGCUGUACUGCUGUCGGGGGGUACACGCGUUUGUUUGUGUGAUGUACCUGGAGACAUUGAUUGGCUGACAGCAGUGGUGGUUGUGUGGGUUUGUUUUGUCGUUUGUCGUUUGUCGUUUGCGUGUCACCAAUUGUCUAUCGCGACGUAUGUAAGUUUAAGCACACCCCCCUUGCCCUUCUGUGCAAUGCACAUCAGAGAAAGGUCUCGCUCCUAACCAGUCAUGCAAACAUUAACUCAGGUGUUUUCGUGGGUGCUUGCUCCGAUGUGAAUUUCGUUCUUUGUCUCUACUCCAUCCAGUUUUAUCUUUGUAGUUUCGAGUAGUGCGAGAGUAGGCGUGAUGGACCCCGAACAAGGCCUUUUUUUUUUUUGUUCUUGGAUCACGGUGGUUUUAAUGUAUUUUCAUAGGCAGCGAGCGGCAGUAGUAUCCCGCAUCGCAUCGAUCGUUAAGGAAUAAACAAGGCCGAAUUGAUAGUUCGCACGUAUGUCGAAUGUGAAGAUCUAACAAUAUUGGACCGUUUUUGGUGUUGGUCGUGUGUCUAUUUUUCACGUCGCCGAAACCAGUCAGCUUGUAAAAAAUUAAGAUUGAAAGCAAGGGCCACAAAACGAUUUAAAGAUUCAUUAGGUGAUUGUAUAAUUUUUCCGGGUUGGCGCUCAGCUUGAUACCGUUGUGCUGGUGGCGCGGAGCCCAUCCGCCCUACAAUAACAUUGUUUUUGCCUGGAGAGGCGACAUGUGUUUUAGGAGCACCCUAACCAGAGGAUAAUCUACUACUGGUGUAAGUUCUCGCGGUUAAGGUGCCGAUGCACGCCAAUGUGGUCUGAUGAACAAUGACUGAUGUACUGGCUACAUGUAGGGCAGGAUGCAUGCGUCCAAUGUACAUGGUUUGUUCUACAGUAGGUCUAUGGAUAGAUGGA